AUGUUUUCUAGUACCAAGAGCCAGCUUCACAGCUUAGCAAUAUGCUUUAUUGGUGUUUUAGAUAUAGCGUCUGGUAUCACGCUCGAUGUCAAAAAUCAAAGUUCCCUUCUCAGUGCUACGCACACCAUCGCCCACGACUUAAUGUCCUACUACACCGGCUCUCAACCCAACUCUCCCUCCCUUGGCGUCCUUUCAAAGCCAUAUUACUGGUGGGAAGCGGGUGCCAUGUGGGGGACCAUGAUCUCCUACUGGCACUACACCAACGACAGCACAUACGUGACGGACGUCGGCCUCGCUAUCCUCUCCCAAGCAGGCCCGAACAACGACUUCAUCAUGGCUAACCAAGUCUUCGAUACCGGGAACGACGACCAGGCCUUCUGGGCACUGACCGCCAUGUCAGCCGUCGAAUACGCCUUCCCCGUCCCCAUCACCAACACCAGCACCUCACCUGCGCCUACCUCAAACUCAAAUAACCCAUACCUCACCCUCGCCAUCAACACCUUCAACGAGUUCGUAACCCGCUGGAACACCACGCAAUGCAACGGGGGUCUCAAAUGGCAAUUCACGCCCUCCAACGCCGGCUUCGACUACAAAUCCACCAUCUCCAACGGCGGGUUCUUCCAGCUCGCCGCGCGCCUCGCGCUCCACACCGGGAAUGCGACCUAUCGCGAGUGGGCAGAAAAAGAGUGGGAUUGGAUGACGGGCGUGGGUUUUAUCAACGAGACGACGUGGGCUGUGAUCGAUGGCGCGGGCGAUGAUAAUGGUGAGAAUUGCACUGUGCUGAGUACGCAGCAGUGGACGUACAAUAACGCCAUUUUCCUGUACGGCGCUGCUGUUAUGACGUUGCUCGACAAUGCCAAUACCAAUACCAGCGCUUCAAACUCCACUUCUCCUUCUCCUUCCACCUCCCCUCCAUCAAUCUGGCUCACCCGCACUAAAGGCCUCCUCGGCCACGCAACAUCCCAAUUCUUCACCCCCUCCCCCAAUGCCACGUCCAUAAUGUACGAGUCCCAAUGCGAGACCACCAGCUCCUGCAACACCGACCAAUACAGUUUCAAAGCCUACCUCUCGCGCUGGAUGACCACCACAGCCCUGCUAAUCCCGUCGUUGCAACCAGAUAUCCUCGCGCUUCUGACACCUAGUGCGCAGGCAGCGGCUCUCGCGUGUUCAGGCGCAGGGGAAGGCUCGCAGUCGCUGUGUGGCACGAAGUGGUAUGUGGGCGGUUGUGAUGGCGUUACAGGCGUCGGGCAGGAAAUGUCGGCGCUGGAGGUGUUGUUGGGUGUGCUGGGUACUAGCUAG